AUGAGCACUCUUAGCCAUCGGCUCAUCAAAGCAGCAGCAUGUCAACACCUGAUUAGACCGCUACAUUCGUGCUCUCCCAGCGUUGCCUAUCUGGCACCACAACAACAGCAACGAUGUUUGAGUAGUAGUAGUCUCUUUCUCGAUUUGAGUGGCCCAUCAUCAUCCGGUCGAAACAACAAGAAAAAGAGAGCUGGUACGAGUGCCAAACCAAGUUAUCGAUUUGUGGACAAACUCCGCAUGAGAACCAGAGGGGGUGAAGGCGGCAAAGGAUCGCUGUCGCUGCUACGCAUCGGCCGCAAACGCAAAGUCCGACCCGACGGUGGCCACGGCGGAGAUGGCGGAAGUGUCAUUCUUUUUGCCGACCCCAAGACACAAUCCUUGCGCAUGUCCAAUCCACACGUGACAGCCGCAUCCGGCACCAACGGCUCAAGCCAAGAAAAACACGGUCGAAAAGGAAAAAAUACCAUUGUCCGGGUGCCCUGUGGUGUGGUGGUGAAACGAGUUCUGGCUUACAGUGAAACAUGGAAUCCAGAGACACGACAAGUGCAAAAAUUAUUUGGAGAGGAUACAGAAGCUGAUUAUGAUUUUUCAUCAGAAUUUAGUAGUGACGACGAUGACAGUGAAGAUGAAGCUGAGGAUCUACAAACCACCCAUGGCCUGGAUCCAGAAAUGAUUGGAUUUUCGGACUGGGACGCUCUGAAUCGAGACUUUUCCGACGAUUUUGACCAUAAUCAUGAUGAGGAUCAAGAGACAGACUUGGACGAUGAUCGGGAAAGAGUGACACUGGCCGACUUGGAUCAACCUGGUUCGUAUGUGGUCGUGGCACGAGGUGGAAAAGGAGGAACAGGCUCGAGCAUUUUUGCAUCACUGCAUGGGGGACUCCCGGAUGGCAAGAUUUUGACCAAAAAUGCCAGACCCGAAGAAGGGGAGAUGGCGUUUCUGGAACUCGAGCUAAAGCUCAUUGCCGAUAUUGG